CUGGAAGCGGACGAUCGACAGGCAUCCAAUACUGCCUCUGCAGGAAAAAGCUUGAUGGGCCCUCUCCGCAAGAUGUACAUGUAUAUUUAGCAAUGCCCCGAAGCGGGUGAUAUGGAGAUUUCAACAAUUCCUCGCCGCUCGGAAAAGUCUGCCAGAUUUGCUGUGCCGUUGCCUCGCAAAUCAAACCGAGACUCAUCAUGGUCCGCCCAUUCGCCUCGCUUCUGCUGGCUGCGGCCACCAGCGUCGCUGGUCAAUUCUUCACGACCGACAACGUGCCACCACCGGUCCCGGCUGAGAACUACCAGAUAGGCAAACUUGCCUUCCCUGUCACUUGCGGACUCUUCAACAACAUCAAGCAGACUUUCAAUGCGCAAUUCACCGCGACGGCGCCCGUGCUGGGUGGCUCUGGCCAAGCAGUCUACCUUACUGACGUGGUGGGCAACAUCUUCAUCCCGCAGUCGGUCGUUGGCCUAGGUGGCAUCGUCGGCGGCAAGCAAGCGAGCGCCGAUAUCAAGAUCUAUUUGACCGUCGAGAACGCGAGCCCUUCUCGGAUCCUGGCCUUCUCCGGCACCAUCAACAACAUUGCCUUCCCGUCCAACGGCGAGGGCGUGAUUCGGCUGCCGGCCCAGGGCACCCUGCCUCCCAUCGGCCCAAUAGUCCUCGGCACCGCGGGAAUUCCGGCGCGCAUCCACCUAGACACAGUUGACGUGCAGAUCGAGCUGCAGCACAGCGACGGCAGCAACGCAUUCGGCCCGAUCCCCGUCAGCUGCCCGAAACAGAACAUCAACUACAUCCUAGGCGCGAUCAACGUCGACUCCAGCACGGGUCCACAGCUGAGCGCUAGCAUCGGCUCGGUGCCUAAAUUCCCCACCACGCCCUCCGGCUAUGAAUCCGGCGCCUUCCGCAUUCCCUACAACUGCUCCUUCGGCGGCCUCGGCGUCUACGAGCUGGACUUGACCAUCGCCGGCACCAUCCCGACCUACAUCGCGCCGGGCAGCAGCUUCUCACUCACCAACGGCGCGUCGUUCCUGACCGUCCCGCUCGCUCUCACCCAGCUGGCCAAGAAAGCCUUCCCGCAGGCCACCACUUUCCACACCACCAUCUCAAGCUUCGUCGUACAAAUGUCCAACGCAGUGCCUUCGAAAUUCGACCCCUUCUCCAGCACGCCGCUCAUCUCGAACGUCCAAAUCCCCAACGAUCCGGCGACGCAGCUCGUCAUCCCGAUCCCGCAAAAGGGUAGCUUCACCGUAGGUCCCUUUGCGGCGGCCCAACUCCCAGCCGGCGGGCUAUUCGCUCCUGUCAGCGCUCCCCAGGUCGUUGGCCUUUCGCUCGGCACCUCCAACGCAUCCGUCGACGUCCUUGACUUCUUUGGCAAAGUCCUGCUCACGCUGCCGACCAACUGCUUCCCGGCUGAGACGAUCACGCUGGUGGGCAUUCCCAUCACUAACCAGGUCCCGGACAAUUACACGCUUGGAGGCAACAAUAACAAAUAAAGGGAUAUUUUGGAAGGGGAGGUGUAAAUGAGUGCGGUACGGCCUUGGGCGAUGGACGGGGACGCACGCGUGUUCGCUGGUGCA